CGCGUUCUAAUACCUGGCUCAGAUCGCGGGCUGCGCCUCUCUUUUGCUCCUCAUUUUAGCGGAGUUGGUAACGAGAGUCGCGAUCGCGUUUCCAAUAAAGUUAUUCACGAUUUUCGGACGAGUUGUGCCAGGAUAUGAGGGGGGAGAGUCAUGGGAAAACCUCUGGAAAAUCGACGCUCCUGGAAAGUGGACCCUAAACUCGCGUCUUCUACCGUUACGCUCCGAUUUCAGUGAUUAAGUGGCUGGUUAAAUGAUCGAUUUAGUGCUUGAUGAUUGCAAAUGUUAAAUAACAUUAAUUUAGUGGAGGGUGCGAAGUCUGCAGAUUCUUGUUUGACGUUUAAAGGUGGUUUAAUCGGGCCGCGAAAAUGCUGCGACAACUUCUUCAGGUCUUUGGAGGACACUCGGCUGGCAGCGGACCGCAGCCGGGGCAGGAGGAAAGUGCUCGGUUUAAACGGCCACCGUGUACGACCGAUGACGACGUUCGCAUUGAUUCCAAUACGGCGAUAUCCCAGAUCGAUAAUGCUCGAAGAACUCGCUUGAAUCCUGGUCCCAGGCCCGCCGUAGCAGCGACUCGCCGAAGAAACCCGGUUUCGUUCUUCUUCGGGCCUAGAAGGCCGCCGAACGGAAACAUCACCUUGGCCGAGCACGUGGCACGCAUCGGUCCCCGGUCGGAACGUGGAGGACAGCACAGCCACUCGUCCCAGCAGCAGCAGGGCCAGCACUCGCACCAGCAACAGGUCCCCGUACCUUUGCGCCAGGCCUCGAGCGCCUCGUCGCUCGAGGGCACCCACGAGACUGGAUGUUCCGCUGCCACCUGGGGAGCCGCUCCUCCCAAGGAGCCGUCCUCGAGGGCCUCCAAUCUACCUGCGGCCAAGUCCGCGGCCAAGACCUCGGCCAGGAUGCAGGAGCUCGAGCGGGAGCUCGAGAUCUUGCGAAAGGAACGGGCCAGGCUCGAGGCUGACCUCCGGGACGCGGCCUGCGACUCCCAACGCAUCCGGGAACUACGCGCCGAACUCGCCGCGCUCAAGGAACAACACGCAGCGGAACUGGAGCGGCUUGCGGAAGAGAACGAGGCUCUGCGAGCUCGCCUUCGAGAUGUCGCCCAUUCCCCGUUGUCGGAUUCGGAGAAGCAGCAGUUACUCCUUGAUGCCUCGAGGUUACAUAAUUCCGCUCCUGCUUCCAUCGCCGUACCUCAGGAUGAUGGUUUGCUCGCCAAUUCGAACAUGGCACAGGAUGACAUCCAGUGUACUACCCCGGAAUGGGAUAAACAUUCCUCGAGUUCCAUUUCGGAAGUCUCGGUUGCGUGCCUUCAAGAUAGGAUCCUGCAGAUGGAGGAAACGCACUAUUCGACUAACGAGGAAUUGCAGGCAACUAUUCAGGAACUCAGUGACUUGCAGGCGCAAUUGACGGAGUUGCAAGCCGAUAAUGAAAGAUUGACCGAGGAGAAGGGAGUUUUGCUGGAGUCGUUAUGCAGACAAACCGAAAAGUUGGAAGACUCUCGAUCGAAGGUCGAUACCCUGCAGGGACUACUUCUUCGAGAGGAACAACCGCAAGAAGCAUCCAAAGGUUAUAACACCGAAAGGGAACAGAAAUUAGUAGAUUUACUCAAGAGUGCACAAGAGGAGAGGGAAGCUUUACUCCAAAAGCAAGAGGAAUUAACAUCCGAGUUAAAGAGUUUGAGAGCAACGGCAGAUGCCAGUGCCACCGAAACAGAGCGCUUGACCAAGCGAGUUCAUCUCCUGGAAUCUACGGUAGAUGCUGCGAAUACUGAAAGAAAGCAACUCGACUUGGAGCUGAUUGAAGCACGUCAGGAAGGGGCAACUCGUAGCAUCGAGAUAAGUAGGCUAGCAACUCUGUUGGAAAAUGCACGAGCAAAAAUCGAAGAGUUGGAACAGUCCAGACAACUCGAGAGCAAGACAGAAGCUGAUGAGCUCUUGGAUGCUGCGAGGCGAGAAAAGGACACUCUCGAGACUCAGGCUGCUGCGCUCCAGGAACAAUUAGCUCGGUCACAUUGUGAUCAUGACAGACUUCGAGAUCAGUUCUCUCAGCUUCAAGAAGAAUUCAAGGUCGCUCGCAACAAUGCUAAAUCUGCCAUCGAUGACUUGGAGUAUCGGCUUAACCAGUUGAAGGAUGAGCGAAUCUCUUUAAACGCUGAACUACAGUUAGUACGCGACUCGUUGGCGGAAUUGCAGUCCCAAUGUCAGCGACAUUUGGAGGAUAAACGAGAGUUGAAAGCUGCUCUGAGUGAAGCUCAGCGACGAGAAAGGGACGCGCAAGCUCACCAGUUCGAGCUGGAGAGAGCCCUUUCGGAGGAGAGGAAGCUACAUCAAGAAGAAAGUGCCGAAUGGGAACAAUUCCAGACCGACCUCUUAAUGACAGUUCGAGUGGCGAAUGAUUUCAAGACCGAAGCCCAGAGUGAGUUGGAACGAGUCGUCAUGGAGAACAAAGCACAGAGGGACAAACUGAGAGCUCUCGAAGCCCAACUUGACAAGCUUAAUAAGGAGAAUGCAGUAUUGCGCGAGCGUGGUACGUGUGACAUGCAAAGUGGGUUCGAUCGAAAGCCUUCCAGUGUUAUUUUAAAACGUGGACGUACUAUUAUAAAGAAGCGAGCAGAACCUCGGACACCCACUUCAACCUGUGACAUUAAGAACAAUGCCAUCCUCUACAAGGAAGAUGACGACACUGUUGAGACAAAGGACUCCGAGUGCACCGCACUGGACAGGUCUGAUUCGAGCUUGUCUGACUCCGAUGAAAAUCUGGAUACAAGUGCGGGUAAGGAGGCACCGGAAGUCGAGGGUCACAUCGAGCUGUCAGAAGACUUUCAUCGGUCAAAGAACGUGCCAGAAGAAAAUUCUAAUUCCGAUGUGAUAACCAGUGCAAUGCGCAUCGAGGAUAAAGUGAUCAAAAUGACUCGGAAUGAAGGUUCUGACAUUUUGAAACAGAGGCUUACAAAAGAUUUUAGCUUGUCAGAAACAGACUUUUUGGGAAGUAGGGAGGAACUGCGAUGUUCGAAGCCUGAGACUUUAAAGAGAUUCAAGGAGGACUAUCCAAAGCUGUAUAUUCCUGUGGAACCAACUGAGAAGAAAAGCGAGCCGUUCGAAAAUCCGACGUUUAAGGAUAUUAAAGCCAUUCACAGUAUCGAUGACAAUGCCUAUGGUAUAAAUAUCUCGAACAGUCAAUUUUUCGUUCCGAAGAGUUAUAUACGUCCUAAACUUUCCUCUUUGAUGAACGAUCUUAAGUUUCAAAUUAAUCCUGAUAUGGCCAAAGUGUUUAGAGAGAGCGUGACGAGUGCCUCUCCUCAGGUUUUGUUAAAUUUAGCCAGCGAAUCAGCCUAUGCAAUCGACGAAAGCAUUUCUGAGAGCGUAAAACAGGAAAAGAAGGUUGGAGCGAUCGGAGUAGAAAGCCAAACAAAGCUUUCUGUGGAUGAUACUGUUGCAGAUGAUUCCAAAUCUUGGGAACCUCUGUCGCUGCCAAUAAUAGGAAAUGAAGAAGAAUCUAAAAGUUUAAGCCCUGAAAAUAUACAGGCUGAAACAGCGUCAAAGAAACGUGGAUUAUUUUUGAAAAAGCAAGAAUGCAGACCUAGCAGCGAAGUCAUUGAUAUGAUGUGCAGUGACUCGACUAGGAAUAGUUUGUCAAAGAAUAACUUUUCUCGAUCACUUCCAGAUCUAAGUACUGUUAAGAAACUCUUCGUAUAUAAUGCCGAUACGGGGGAGGAAAAAAUAAGUACCCAUGUUUUAAAGGAUUCUUCAUUUGCUUUAAGAUCUAUUACCAGUCAAAAUCGAGUUAGGUCUGAAGAAAGAUUAUUACGAAAUUCGGUAAACACUUACAAAUUGGAUUCAAUUAAACAUUUAAAGGCUUCUGAAACCUUCUCAAUAUAUGACAUCGAUACUGCAGAUAAGGAAAUAGAGAGUAUUACUGUUAAAGGGUCUUUGAAAAAUUCAAAUUCAGUGAUGAAUACUAGUGAAUCGAAAGGAAAAAGACCAAACUCGUGUGAUUCAAGUUUUUUCUCCAGCGAGCAAUUAAACAACGUUACGCUACGCAAGAAAAUCCGGUCAGAAGAAGCGGAACGUCAGCUGUCAAAAUCAAGGACUUUUAGUGUAAAAAACGAUGCCAACGGAGAUGAAGCCAGAUCUCCGCAUCUAAAGCAAAAUGACUUGCAUUCACAUAAAGCAAGGUCCUAUGAAGAAACUCAACAACGUGAUGAUUAUGUUUUACAAAGACGUAAUUCGUAUCCAUCUCGUGCAGUAGAUACCGCAUCUGUGUACUUAUGUAAUGAAUUAAAAACAGGAAAUGCACCAGGUACGCCAACAAAUGGCACUGAUUCUCCUUCGAAAGGCAACUCUUAUGUUAGACAACGACCAAAAUCUAUUUUAGAGGUACAAAGGAAAUUCGAGGAUGCUGCAACUAACCAUGACAAUAUUAACAAUGGAAAUUACAAAGAUCAUAGAAACGUUCAAAGUCCGGAAACAACCCGACCAAAGUUUGACAGCAAGAUCGAUCAAGGUACUAUCGGCUCGAAGAGGAUGAAAUUUUUAGAAUGGGCAAAGUCAACAUGGUACGCUGCAACUGAACAACCAGAAUCAUUGGAGAAAGAUUUAGGGAAAAGUGGAGAUUUAACGAGCAGACAGAAGGAAGGAAUUAAUGUGACGAUGCCUGAGAAGAAAGCGUGUUUGAAGUUUCGGAAGGUCGAACCUUUUGGAGAUUCGAAGAGGGUAACUACUUGGUACGUGCCCGAGGAAGAGCAAAAUUCGUUGUCGGGUCGCACAUCUUCUUUAAGAGAGAAAUUCGAGACGAUCCUGGAAGACGUGGAGCUCAGAUCGGGACGACAUGGAGAUCGAGCUGUUCUUGCAAGCGGCUCCAAUAGCGACCCCAAUCAAAAAAGUGUAGUGCCGGCUCCACGACCAGCUAGCACUCCUACGGAGACUCAGCACAGCGUAUUGACCAGUGUCCAGCAAGAAAUGGCUGCACGUCGAAAAGCUAAUAUAUCUCGUCAAGAUUCAAGACUCUCUGUCAAAUGUUUAAUAGAGAGCAUCGAAAAUGCCACGAAGCAGGCUAAAGCUGGACCAGGAAGUCGCAGUAGCUCAACGUCAUCCAUCAAUUCCAUUGGAACGAAUGACAUAAUGUCCCUGAAAACUCCUCUCAGAGACCAGCAACAGAUCAAUAACUUGAUCUGCCCAUCGAAUCCAACGAACAACAAUAAGACGCAGUCAUCGAAUGCCCGAAAAGUGCUUUCAGAAUCGAAGUCCGUGCCGGUCGUCUUGAGCCCCGGGGAGCUGUUGGACUCUGCAGCUCUGAAUGCGAAGGCCAUCGAUUUCGUGAGACGCAACAGCGUGACGGAUCUCUCGGAACGGAAGGAUCCGCUCUGCGGCCUCGUCAAGAACGGCGGCUCGAAACGCAACGCCCUCCUCAAGUGGUGUCAGAACAAGACCAUCGGAUACCGGAACAUCGACAUCACCAACUUCAGCAGUUCCUGGAACGACGGCUUAGCCCUCUGCGCCAUCCUGCACUCGUACCUGCCCGACAAAGUACCCUACGACUCCUUAUCCCCGACUGAGAAGAGGAGAAACUUCUCGAUAGCCUUCUCAGCUGCCGAGAGCGUCGGUAUACCCACGACUCUGAACAUCGGAGACAUGUGCCAGCUGGAGCGACCCGAUUGGCAGCAGGUGAUGACCUACGUGACGAGCAUCUACAAGCACUUCGAGACGUAAUAUGCGGAGAUGAAGAGGAGGGGCUUCGACUCGCGUGAGGUCUCCUGGCUCGCGAGAUGGAGAGGAGAACGGCAUCUAGUCAACUGAACUCUGGAAGGCGUCGAUGAGUUACGGGCACACACACAUACACUAAACUAAACGAAUACCGAAGGGAUUCGCAGACGGGAACGGUCGGGUUGGAGAAAGAAAGGUCGAGGCUCCGUCGAGGGGCCUCCUCGCUGUAGCGCGAGCACGAAGAGCAAUGCGACGGAAGGAAUUGCUUUUACAAUGAGACUGAACAAAUGAUACACCCAGAGAUAUACGUUAUAAAGACACUAGAUAAAUACCUAGAGAACAUUUAGGACGGCAGUAAGGAGAGAGAGACAGACACGCGCUUUGUCGACUUAUGUUUUGCGAUCGCCGGAGCAUGUUUCGCCGGGAAGGCCGAGGACACGCCUCCCCUUAGGUCUUUUACUUUCGCCUCUCGCGAAGAAAAGAGAAAAAAAUGAAAAAUGUAAUGGGGGCGAGAACAUAUUUCUCUACGAUAUAUAAAUAUAUAUUUACUAGAUCGUGCGUGCACACGGGCGUGAGGAGACACCGAGUACUUUACUAUGCGCGCACGAACGCUCGAGGGCCGUUUGCGUUUCCUCGUACCCCGCGAGUAUUUUUAUACUUGUAUUAUUUUUCGACGAGAACUUUUUUGUAAAAUCGUAAGUAAUUGCUCUGUAUAGAACGCGAAGCGCCUUAAUUUAAGAUACCUAAUUUAUUGCCGUAGUCGUGUUUAGUGGUAUAUGAGUGGGGUGGAAAGAGACCCGACAGGCUCGCUAAUGCAUUCUGUUUACUGUGGCUCACGAGAUGAAUACGAGAGGCGUGCGUUAUAUGUUAAGUUCUCUGUGAUAUAGCGAAAUAGCCCCGAGACAGAGAUACACGUUUGUUGUUAUUGCCUUUUUACUAUUGCUACUAUUAACGUCAAACCGCAUCGUCGUUGUUUCACUGUCGUAGUCGUGUGUCGCCGAUCGAAGUAAUAAACUUGCCUAAUGUGUACACGCGAAGCUGUGAUUUCUGAGAGAGAAAAAAGUGAACAGGAGAAACUAACGAAAGUCCACGAUAUAGUUGUGGCCGGAAACGGCUGGUUUAUGUCGGUCACGUUAUUAUUUUUUUUUUUUUGAAAGAGAUAGUUCGCCGUCGAACGCGAUUAAUGCACGCAUGCAUCCUGUUAGCGAAAGCGUAAAGUGGCAGCCAUUUCUUGUGGUCGGUUAAAGAUCUAUAUAGUUGGUUGGUUCCAAAGGUCUAUAUUAUUAUAAUUACGUUCUACUGUAUUUAAGGGACAGAUAUGAAUAACUAGUAUGAAUAAAUGAUGUAUCGAUGUGUGGAUGGUA